UAUAUUGGAUACCGAAUUGUAAAUUAGUCUCAUUUGAAAAAGAAGUUGUACGAAACAUGUCAUGUGUAGUGUUUUUAAUUUUUUAUUUUUUAAAAUAAAAGUUUUGUGAAAAUCUACCAAAUUUGGUUUUACUCAUUCAAGAUAAAUUAAAUCGUGAUGAAUUUUCUACAACAUCAAUGGUAUUACCAAAUACAAGGCCAGUUACAUAUUACUGGCCGGAAAGGAUGUAUCUUUGGUGUUUGGACAGACCAUAAACAUCCACUCAAAGUAGAAUACAUACUAAAGAGACAUGAUUUCUGGCAAAACAAAAUGGAACAAAAAUUAAAAAGUUUUUUUAUGAAUUGUAUAUUACCAGAACUGGUAGAUCCAAGACACGUAAGAGGGAUGCCAUUAAGGGAACCAGCUUAUAUUUUAGAAGCAAUCAAAAAUAAAAAACAAAACAAAAAAGAAUUAAAAAUAAAACAAAACUAGUUUGUUUUUAAUUUAUUAACGUCGGUUUAAAAUGUG